AUGGUAGGAUCAGGCCCCCAUCAGGCAGGCUCCCAUCAACCUGAAUUGGCUAGAUCCCAACAACAGGAUAACUUUCCCAACCCUGAGCGUGAUCGAAAUGAAGAGAAUGGAAGGUUUCGAGAGGAAAGUGUGCACACCACUCAAACCAGUAAAAGCUAUUCUCGUGUGGGUAGUCUCGUGCUCCAGAGACAAAAUAACAACCGGGCCAUGCAACCAGAAGAAGUUAUAAGUCAUGUAUCCCAGAGACAGAAUGAUAAGCAAGCCAUGCAGCGAGAAAUAGACGAUUUGAAGAGAAAGUUGCGCCAUGCACAACGAAGGCAGCUAACCCAAUCCUUUGGCUCCCAUUUCGUUACAAGUAGCAGAGCUCCUCGGCCCUUAAGUGCGUUAUUGUCGUUAUCCAUGCAUGAUGGAGAAACUCUAAAGGCCUACACGGAUAGAUAUUGGGAGAUGUAUAAUGAAAUGGAUGACAAUUUUGACGACGUUGCCAUCAACACCUUCAAAAAUAGUCUCCCAGCCGAGCACGGCUUGAGGAAGUCUCUAACUGGCAAGCCCGCCACCAGUGUGCACCAACUGAUGGAUCGGAUCGAUAAGUAUAAACGAGUAAAGGAAGACCAGUUGCAAGGUAAAGGAAAAGAGAAGGUUAUCCCUCAGGAGAUGAGGGAUUUCAGGUUGGACCGAUAUAACAGCAACUGCCCGAGGAGAGAUUUCGGAGGGCAAUCCGAAGCAACCAAUACACAGACUGUCAAUACUGUAUUCUGA